GUCAUUGUCAGGCUGCGAGUAAGAGAGGGAGAGAGAGAGGUGCGCCCAGGCAGACCGACUGAAGAGCGUGUGUGUGCAGACUGGGAUGAGUAAAUGCACUGGGCAGCUUAGCUGUUGAUACAGCCAGAGAGAACGAGAGAGAGAGAGUGUGUGUGUGUGCACGAAAGCGAGCGAGAGAGAGAGAGAGAGCGAGAGAGAGAGAGAGAGGGUGAGAGAGAAGAAGUGAAAGGAAGAAAAAAGGGAAGAAAGAAGCAGAGAAUUUAGAGGGAGGAUACAACAGCUACAACUAUGCUGUGCUGCAUAAGAAGAACCAAACCGGUGGAGAAGAAUGAAGAGGCGGACCAGAAGAUUGAACAGGAUGGUACCACCAACAAACCUGAGGACAAGGCCCACAAGGCUGCCACCAAAAUACAGGCCAGCUUUCGUGGACACAUAACUCGGAAAAAGAUGAAAGAUGGAGAGGAAGAGAAGGAGGGAGAUAGUCCUGCUGCUGCAGAGGAGGCAACAGAGGGAGGAGAUGAGGCAAAGAAAGCAGAGGGAGAGGAGGCACCUGUAAAGGAGGAGGAAGCUGCAGGAGAGGAGGCCAAGAAGGAGGAGGAGACGAGCCAAGCCAAAACACCAGUGGUAGACCAGCCAGCUAACUCUCCAGCAGCUGCUGCUGCCUCUCCUGCAGGCGCAGCGACAUCUCCUGUAGCAGCAGCACCUGCUGCUGCCUCUCCCACGGCUGCCACAGCGCCCUCUGAGCCCCAGAAAGGGGAGCCAAAGGCGGAGGAGAAAGCAGAGGAGAAGCCCAAAGAGGUGGAGACUCCAGUGGCAGCAGCCAAGAGUCCCACCACAGCCACAGCUGAGGAGAAGAAGGAGGAGGAGAGUGAAGAGAAAAAGGAGGAGGCCAGACAAGCCGAUGUGCCUGCUGCUGUCAGCCCGACAGCUGAGAAGGAGGAGCCUAACCAAACAAAAGAUAAACAAGAUGCUGCAGAGGAAUCUAAAGCAGAGGAGGCCACCCCAGCAGAUGCAGCGGCGGAGGCCACCGAGUCCAAGGAUGACUAAGGCAAAGUCUAACCUAAAGAAAGCAAAAUUAAGAGUAUGAAGAAUAACACAAAAACAAAAAUCUUAAAAGGUUGCUCUUUGCCUUCCCAAUGUGAGGGCAGUCCGUUUCUAUUUGUUUGUCAUUUUUAGUGUGGCAAUGAUUUUCUCAUGUUGGGGGAGUUUCCAGCGUGAAGUUUUUUGGCUCAAGCUAAUACUAUGAGGAAGUGAUGGUGAUGAUUAUGAUGAUAAUAUUGUUGUUGAUUAUGAAUAAUGAUUGUUACCUUGAUGAUGUUGAUGAUGAUGAGGAGGAGGAGGAGCAGAAGGGGGAGGAGGAUUUGAUUUGGUACAUCUUCACUACCUAUUGUAAGUGAAUCAUUGGUGGAGUGAUUGCUCCCAACUGGAUAUUUACACAUUUAAAAUGCAUUGUGAAUGCACCAUACUUUAUUUGCAUUGCAAUGCACCUUCUUUAAACACAUUUUGCAAAUAAAAUCCAUACUUCUGCAAAUGCACGCACAAAAACAAGCUGGUUUUAAAAUGCAAAUAUUGUUUUCAACACAGUACAAGUGUAUUGAGAACAUAGCAAAAUAGGUAAAGAACUGACACAUCGAUGGAGAAUAGAAUGUAUAAUUAAAUGUGUGACUUUUCCAGUUGGGCAGCUUUAUUCUGGAUCCAAAAACUGCAUAUAGGACAAGACUAUUACUCUCUCUCUAUUCUGCUUGAGUCAUUCAAGCUUGGUUUACACCCCUUUUACAAACUCUGUUUACUCACAUAAACAAUAAAGGACCUGUUGCUAUUUAAAUAACAUGAUCAUAUAAACUAUAGAAAUCAGCUACUGAUGUAACUGGCUCUUACAUGACGAUUUAUGUUCUGACAACCAAACGUGAGAACAGUAGCAUGAACCAUCGAACCAGAUGCAUGAUGGGAACUCUCCCUCUGAGAGGAACUUUUUCGCAGUCACAAAAACUUAAGAGGUGUGGCGGCUUCUUUUUGAUGUCUUUGGUGUUGUUAUGACAGUUUAUAUGAAUUGGAAAAAUACUCUUGCACUGAUGUUACAAAAAAAAGUAAAAAAUCAAACAAAUGAGCAAACAAAACUACUUUUCCCAUGUUCCAGUGAGUGCAAUGUCCAGUUUCAACCUUAUCAAAGAGUUCAAACUUGUGAGAAAAAAAUAUGAAAAAAUAAAAAUGGUUUCAAUGUCUGUUUUCAAAAUAAAGCAAAUGUGCCAAUUACCAUCAUAAA